UCAUCCAACCAACCCCUCCAGAGUUUCGAUCUGCCUCCUCUCCAGAUUCAGCAAACCAGCAGGAUUCCGAAGAAGCUAGGGUAGCGUGUGCUAGAUUACCGAUCAGGAUCUGCCCUGGUCCGAAGUUAGUCUAGCCCGUUCCUUUCGUUCCGUCAAGAUGUCCGCCUUCACUGGGACGACCACAAAAUGCAAGUCUUGUGGGAAGACCGUGUAUUUGAUGGAGCAGUUAAUUGCGGACGGUGUCAUCUACCACAAGCAUUGUUUUCGGUGCUUUCAUUGCAAGGGUACCCUUAAGCUGAAUAACUUCGCUUCGCUUGAAGGCGUUCUGUACUGUAAACCCCACUUCGAUCAGCUCUUCAAGAAGACUGGGUGCUACAGCAAGAGCUUUGAGGAGGCCAUUAAGUCGGAGAAGGAGAAACCCGUGGCACCUGGAAGCGUGACAUCCACCACAUCAAGAUUCGGAGGGGACAACAAGAGAGUCGUCAAUCCUUUGGCAGCGAGGUUCGGCGGGACACAGGAGAAGUGCGUGGUUUGCAGCAAGACAGUAUAUCCCUUGGAGAAGGUUAGUGUUGAAAACUCGACGUACCACAACCAGUGCUUCAAAUGCGUCCACAGUGGAUGCAAGCUCACGACCUCGACCUACCAAGCCUUAGGAGGGAAGCUGUAUUGUAAGGCGCAUUUCCAACAGCUGUUCUUGAUGAAGGGCAAUUUCACAGAGAUGCAGCGUGAAACUGGGGACGGAGCUGAUGCUGGAUCACAAGCUGCAGCUGCGGUGUCAUCUGUAUCCAUAUCCAAACCUUCAACUGCCUCGCCUGCGAAGGCCGUGGCCGCUGCCGCUUCUGAACCACCUCCCAUCUCAGCUGUGAAAGAAGAGGAACCUGCGUCGUCUUCAGCACCACCGCCGCCAGCUGCUGCAACCUCAGCCCCAGCAAAGCCAGUUGAAGAGAAGAAGCCGCCGCCACCUCCUGCCAAAAAGGACGACUCAGACUCUGAUGACGAUGACAGUGAUGAUGACAGUGACGAUUCUGAUGACAGUGAUGACUCAGAUUCCGACUGAGCGGUGCAGAUCUGGUGAGAGCAUCCGAGCACUUGCAGUCCGAUCGAUGUCACCAUGGACGUCCCAAAUUUCUAGGGUCAAGUAUUUACAUCUUCAGUUCCAGUUCUAUAUGUAGGCGGGGUAGACACUUUUCGCAUGUGAUAUUCAGUCCACCAGAAAUUUCACUCCGUGCAGUGCUAGCUUGGAGGGUUUCUGAUUUGCCUUGGGUGGAGUAGCACAGGUUUGUGGCCACAUUUAGUUUUGGCUGUUCAGAGUUUGUAAUAUGAGAUGUCUUCAUGAAGUUCCAAUAUUU